GGUAACCUUAGACCCAAACUUCCAUGAAUCAUGAUCCGUUUAAUUCGUCACCGAAAGUUCCCCACCAAAACCCCCAGGACUUGCGACUCUAAUGUAAAUGUAACACACCUCCAAAAACGCAACGUAUACACUCACCACUCGUUUGAUGAAAUUCCUUACAGAGACCUCCGCUCCCUCAACUCCCAACUUGCUUCAUUCGUCCGCACCCGCAAUUUUCUUGCCACAUGGACUCUCUUUUGUCACAUGCAUUGCGCAUGCCUUAACCUUGAUGCUUAUACUUUCACGCCAGUUUUGGGCGCUUGUUCUUCUUUGCCUGGACCAGAACGCGGCAAACAAGUCCAUGGUUUAAUGAUCAAAACUGGUUCAGAUACUGGAACUGUGUCCAAGACUGCGCUGAUGGACAUGUAUUCCAAGUUUGGGUUCUUGAAUGAAUCGGUUAAAGCUUUUCAAGAGAUGGAGUUUAAGGAUGUUGUCACGUGGAAUGCUUUGCUUUCUAGCUUCUUAAGGCACGGUCUUGCUAAGGAAGCGUUUGGUGUUUUUGAGGCAAUGAGAAGGGAAAGAGUUGAGAUUAGUGAGUUUACUUUAUCUGCUGUUCUUAAGGCUUGUGCUUCUUUGAAGGCAUUUGAACAAGGGAAACAGGUGCAUAGUUUGGUUGUUGUGUUAGGUCGGGAUAUGGUGGUUUUGGGUACUGCACUUAUUGAUUUCUACUCGGUUGUAGGAUGUAUUAGUGAUGCCAUGAAAGUGUUCUAUAGUUUUGAUGGUAGAGUGGAUGAUGUUAUGAGAAAUUCCUUAAUUUCUGGAUGUGUUCGAAAUAGGAAGUAUGAAGAGGCGUUUUCGAUUAUCAGUACAAUGAGACUAAAUGUGGUUGCACUUACUAGUGCUCUUUCUGCUUGCUCUGAGAAUUCAGAUUUGUGGAUUGGGAAGCAGAUCCACUGUUUGGCUAUUCGUUUUGGGUUUACUUCUGAUACCCAAAUAUGCAAUGUCCUGCUAGACAUGUAUGCAAAAUGUGGUAAAAUAUCGAAUGCUGGGUCCUUAUUUGAUAGAAUUUGUCGGAAAGAUGUUGUUUCUUGGACAAGCAUGAUAGAUGCAUACGGCAGUCAUGGGCAUGGGCUUGAAGCUCUUAAAUUGUUCAAAAAGAUGGGUGAAGGAGGAAGUGGGGUUUCGCCAAAUUCUGUGACCUUUCUUGUUAUUUUAUCAGCUUGUGCACAUUCUGGAUUGGUUGAGCAGGGCCGAGAAUGUUUUAAUUUGAUGAGGGAGAAGUAUGGUUUGAAUCCGGGUCCAGAACAUUAUGUCUGCUUCAUAGACACUUUAGGCCGGGCUGGUCAAAUAGAAGAAGUAUGGUGUUUGUUCAAUGAUAUGGUUAAGAAUGGUACCAAGAUCACACCUGCUGUAUGGGCAGCGCUAGUAAAUGCUUGCAGUUAUAGUUUAGAUGUCACAAGGGGAGAGUUUGCAGCAAAGCAUCUCUUAGAAUUAGAGCCAGAUGUGCCUGCGUAUAUCGUGCUGCUUUCAAAUUUCUAUGCAACCAUUGGAAAGUGGGAAACUGCAGAACACUUGAGAAGCAUUAUGAGAAAGAAAGGAUUGCCUAAGGCAGUAGGGAGUAGCUGGGUCAGUUGAAAACUGUCAUGAAAAUGCCAGUAAACUAAGUUUGAGAAAAUUCAAUCACUAGCUACAAAAAAUUCCUCAAAUGUUUUUUAAGUCAGUCAAAUUUUUAUCUUUUCAUUGUUAAGCACAUCAGGAUGUUGAAGUGGGUGUUUGAAUUAGUGCUGGGCAUUUCUUUUGAGGAAGAUGACUUGUGCAGAGUUUUUAUUUAUUAUGAUUACUGAACAGUAAGAACAGAGAUUGGAUUUCAAUCCAUAAGAAGACUGGUAAACUGCGUUUGUCUUGGUCCUCAAGUAAAUUAGCUGUUUCAUCUGCGUUUCCUUGGUUGCAACCACAUCCAGAUGCUCCAUCUUUCUCCUGUAAUCAGUGUUUAAUGUUUACACUUGGAAAUUCUCGCAAUGACCAAUUAAAGAAAAGUCAUUAACGAUGUUCAGUUUUGAAGGCUAUUGAAGAGUUAUUUGAUUCUCCAUUUCUUGGAUCAAUCGGCGCUUGACCUUGUCAUUUGUAUCUUAUUGAAACAUUUCAUUCCAAGAAACUCUACAUUAUACUUCAAUGUAUGACCAGGAUGUGUCACCAUUCUUAGGUAUAAACGAGUAGAAUUCUUGUUUUGUACUUCUCCAUUAUUAAGUCAAUGAUCAUUUAAGAAA